AUGCAUGCCAAAAAAACCGAAGAUGAACGCAAGUCGAUGGUCGAAGAUGUUAUUCAAGCGGUAGCAGACUAUUUUCAGAUUUUAACGGACCCAUCGAUUUUGUUCUGCGACGAGCCAACAUCUGGCCUUGAUUCAUACACGGCUUUACGGGUAAUAUUCAAUAUUGACAAUUGCUUUCUGAACUGUGAUUCAAGCUUGAAUGUUAUUAAGGUUGUUGUUGCUCUGAAAAUGUUAGCAUCUAAAGGGAAAACAGUUAUCAUCACUAUCCACCAACCUUCGAGUCAAGUUUAUGAGAUGGCGGACAGGUGA